AUGUUCCUAUCUUCUUCUUCUUCUUCUUCUCUCUCUCUCUCUCUCUCUCUCUCUCUCUCUCUCUCUUUCUAUUGCUCUUUUGAUUUCCCACCUUUUUCUUCAUUCUAUCCAUAUUACGAAUCUUUCAUUCUACGUUGUUUCUUCUUGACUGUUAUUCACAUUGCCAAUCCUUUCUUCUUUUUCUUUCUCCUUUUAACGUUAUUCAGAUUACGAAAACUUCUUUUUCUUUCUUCCUUAAGGUUAUUCAUAUUACGAAACCGUUCUUCUUUUUCUUUCUCCCUUAAAGUUAUUCAUCUUGCGAAACCUUUUUCUUUUUCCCUUAAAGUUAUUCAUCCUUCGAAACCUUUUUCUUUCUCCCUUAACGUUAUUCAUCUUGCGAAACCUUUUUCUUUCUCCCAUAACCUUAUUCAUAUUACGAAACCUUUCUUUUUUUUUCUUUCUCCCUUAACGUUAUUCAUUCUGCGAAACCUUUCUCUUUCUCCCUUAAAGUUAUUCAUAUUACAAAACAUUUUUUUUUCCUUCUCCCUUAACGUUAUUCAUCUUGCGAAACCUUUUUUUCCUUUUUCUCUUAACGUUAUUUAUCUUGCGAAACUUUUCUUUUCUUUCUCACUUAAAGUUAUUUAUGUUACGAAAGCUUUCUUUUUUUUUCUUUCUCCUUUAACGUUAUUCAUUCUGAGAAACCUUUUUCUUUUUCCCUUAACGUUAUUCAUAUUACGAAACCUUUCUUUUUUUCCUUCUCCCUUAACGUUAUUCAUCUUGCGAAACAUUUUCUUUCUCCCUUAA